AGCAGGACAGAGGAGGAACACAGAAACUCCUGAAGUGCUUCAUUUUCGGACGCCAACCUCUUUAAUUCGACUUUUCACCCCCUCCAUUAACCAAGUCGCAACUUUUUCAUCCUUUUGUCCUUUUUUUCUCUCUUGGUUGUUACUUCUCUCACAAGCCCAACUUCUUCUUCUUCUUCUUCAUCACUCUGCGUCCAUCUGUCCCGCUUCACCUGCAGCAUCCGCAGUCUGCUACUUCUUCCCGUGUGGUGGCGACUGUUGUCUCUGUGCUGGUCCUGCAUGGCUGAAUAGGCGGUAAAAGGGUUGGUCUUCUCUGUGGAGUGGGGGGGGGGGGGACUUGCGAAGUUGCAAUCAGGACCAGGACAAGCACGAGGAGGAGGAGGUGGUGGAGGAGGAUGGCGGUGGCUCUGGAUGAAGUGUGGGGGCGGGUGAAGAAUGUCUGCAAGCAGAACGGACUUCUCAUCCUGUCUGUGCUGGCCGUGGUCAUUGGCUGUCUGCUGGGCUUCUUCCUCAGGGGCAAGCAGCUCUCCGAGCAGGAGGUGAAGUACUUCCAGUUUCCCGGAGAGCUGCUGAUGAGGAUGUUGAAAAUGUUGAUUUUGCCUCUCGUUGUAUCCAGUUUAAUGUCGGGUCUCGCCGCCCUGGACGCCAAGUGCUCCAGCCGCCUGGGCAUCAUGACCAUCUCCUACUACCUCUGGACCACCUUCGUCGCUGUGGUGGUGGGCAUCGUCAUGGUGUACAUCAUCCACCCGGGUGGAGCUGCUCAGAAGGAGGACUCCGAUGAGAGCAAGAAGCCGAUGACCAGCUCCGCCGACGCUCUGCUCGAUCUCAUUCGCAACAUGUUUCCAGCCAACCUGGUCCAAGCUACAUUUCAACAGUAUCGAACCCAGAGAGUCCCAGAACUCAUCCCCAAACCCACGCUCGCCCAGCUCCUGGAUGAGACCACCACGCGCCGGGUCUACAUCUACGGCAUCCAGGACGACAACGGCACAGACGUGCAGAACUUCUCCCUGGACCUCACGCCGCCGCCUGACGUCAUCAUGAAAACAUCGCCUGGUACCAGCGAAGGCAUGAAUGUGCUGGGGAUCGUCAUUUUCUCGGCGACCAUGGGAAUAAUGUUGGGAAGAAUGGGACCCAAUGGAAGUGCUUUGGUCAACUUUUGCCAGAGUUUGAAUGAGGCAGUGUUGAAAAUCGUCGCCAUCGUCAUCUGGUAUUUCCCCUUUGGCAUUGUCUUCCUGGUUGCUGGGAAGAUCUUGGAGAUGGACGACCCCUCAGCCAUGGGGAAGAAGCUGGGCUUUUACGCCAUCACCGUGGUGAUGGGCCUGGUGUUGCACGGCCUUUUCAUCCUCCCGGCCAUGUACUUCUUCAUCACGAAGAAGAGCCCCAUCGUUUACAUCAGGGGCAUUUUGCAGGCCCUACUCAUCUCCUUGGCAACCUCAUCCAGCUCUGCUACUCUGCCUAUCACCUUCAAGUGCCUCCUCGAGAACAAUCACAUCGACAGACGCAUCAUUCGCUUCGUGCUGCCUGUCGGCGCCACAAUCAACAUGGACGGCACCGCACUCUACGAGGCUGUGGCCGCCAUCUUCAUCGCCCAAGUGAAUAACUAUGAGCUUGACUUUGGACAGAUCAUCACAAUCAGCAUCACUGCCACCGCUGCCAGUAUAGGUGCUGCAGGAAUCCCACAGGCUGGACUCGUGACCAUGGUGAUCGUGCUGACCUCCGUGGGGCUGCCCACCGAUGACAUCACUCUCAUCAUCGCUGUUGAUUGGGCUUUGGAUCGAUUCAGGACCAUGGUCAACGUGAUGGGCGACGCCCUGGCCACGGGCAUCAUGGCUCAUAUCUGCAGGAAGGAUUUUGUCAAAGAGGGGGAGCAGGUGCCUCUGAUCUGCGAGACUAAGCCCAUGAUAAGCAUCCAGCAGAUGAUGACGUACCAGAACCAGAAGAACGGCUGCUACCAGCCGCCGCCGCCGGGCAGCAAACACGACCGCCUCUCCCCGGACGUGGCCCGCCUGAUGCGGCUCGAGGAGGGGAUUCGGCCGGCCGAGAAGAAGAAGCACGGCCACUCUUCGCAUCACAAGCGAGAGCACAGGGACAAGGACCACUGUUCAGUCGAUAUGAACGGGCUGGAGACUAACGUAUAAGAGCGGCUGCCCUCCCGACAGUCACUGGCAAAGCCGCAGCCGAAGGACCGGGCAGGAGAGGAAAGACGUAUCUAAGAACUGAGGGGACGAGGCCCCCAUGCUUCUCUCCUCUGAGAGGGAGAGCGGCCGAGAGCGGAGGAGGGAUGCAGGAAAUGCAGGGUGGAAAAAAACUAUUGUUUGUGAGUGUACAUAUUAAUCAGAUGCGUCUUUUGACACCAGCAGUGACAGUGCGCCGCUCCGGCUGACAAACAAUUUAAACCACGAGAACUCACCGAGAUCACCCCAGAUCUGAGCGAACAAGGAGAACGCAAUAGCUAGUGACGGAUACAAUUAAAAGCAACCUAUCCCCCGUGGACUGUGGACAGACCAACAAUCACAAAACUGUCACUCAUAUCUCUUUUGGUAUAUUUUUAGCAUGUCAUUGUUUUGUUUUUUUAUCACUAUUAUUUGUAAUCGUGUUCUCUAAAAUCAAACUCGAUUCACCGGCUCAAUGAAGCGCACAACAGAGAGACAAAAUGUGACUAAGCAAGAUUAUUGAAGUGCAACAAGAAACCAUUUUUUUCGAACACACCUAUGCAAUAGCUUGGUUCACAUAUAUAUUUUAAGGGGAAGACAUGGGAGACUUUCCCACCCUUCCUCACACUUGUCUUCACUGCCUUGUUGCCCUGCAUCCAAGCGGGCCGGCUCCAUCCAAGUCAAAGCGUGAGUGGCUAAAAUAAGGGCUCAGGUUAAGUCUCCAAGCCAAAUUGGCCACUCUAAUAGCCUUAGUGAAUGCUUUCAAAGAUUUAAGUACACUUAAAAAUAUUUCCCCGCUCCACAUUUGUCAAUCCAAAACCACAAAUAAAACGACCUCUGACUUCAAAGGUCGCUCUGCAGGUUUAAAGAAAAGAAUCCGAGAAGGAGAAUCGGGGGCCAGCCUUGCAUCAAGAUUGGGUUGCGUCAGAGAAACACCAAUCACCAAGACAACCUUUAGGAACACGGUACAAAAGGCACAAUUGCCAACUCACUGAUCAAACCAUCCUCAGAGGCCGACAGUAACGAUAGUGUCCACAUUGAUGAAGUAGAUAAUAGAAGGCUUAACCUGUAUUGAGGUCAAAGGUACAUGAAUAAUGCCUGAGCAUAUACAAGUUGAGUGAAGGGACACAGGAUAUAUUUUUCUAUCUGUUUCCUUGAAGGUCAACAGUACACACACGUCUUAUCCCCUCAACCUUGUUUACUCCUAUAAACAUCACCUUGAUGCAGUUGGCAUGCUGUCCGCUACAAACGUAUUCAUUUAAAAUACCUUGAGAAGAUACAGAUGUCAGCCAUAAUCAAAAUAUACCAAUAUCAGUUGAAACUGAAAACGUGUGUGGUGACGGCAGAGGAGUGGGAUGUCGGAUGCAUUAACUCUUCAUCACACUUAAUUCCUUUUGAUUUGAUUUUGAAUUUCGGAAGUUCAAUUUUAAUUUGCGCAGCGCAACGUCACAGCAUUUAUCAGAAGUCUGUCCUUGUGUUGAGGUAGUGUUCCUGAACGUACAGUAGCCGUGCACAUAAAGAUCUAAGUCAAUUUGUGGAUUCCAUCAAAAUAAAUUUUAAAUAAAUUUGUCACCCACAGGACACACGUGUAUAAAUUAUAAAGUUGGCUAUAAGUAAAGAAUCCCAAAUCAGCACAUUAUAUAAUUAUUAUCACAUUAGCAUUACCACGUAUGUAAUCAUAAUUAACCCUAAACCCCAAAAUAAAUUCAACUUCUUGCUUCUAGUGUGUCCAGCUCUGUGCGCUGACUUGUUUACUUACUAUAUGUCUGCAUGAAAGAUGCCACUCCACCACACAGCGUCAGUCAUUUUCUCACUGUCAAUCUCAUAGAUGCAGGACAUAUUUUUUCUGAAAAAGACAGAUUGCGAAUUUUGAUGUAUGCAUAGGACUGAUCCACAGAACCAGUGUCAAAGACAGGCCUUUGCAGAAUUGAUGGCUGUAAAUAUAAAUGAUUUUUAUGUGUUACUCUGAGCCGAGGUUCCCUGUUCGAGCGCAGGCUGAGCUUCUCAAGUUGAUUUGAGGAUAAUCAAGACUGAAAAUCCGCACUUAACAACACACCUCUUCAUCUCAUCCCACCCUUCACACCGCGCUUGUUGCUGUAGAUCCCAUUAGCCCAGCACAAAUGGUCGGUGAGCAGGGCAGGCAGCCACGCAGCCUGUGCAGCCCACUGGAUAUUUACCAUUUGGCCAGCUGGCCGCCUGG